AUGGCCGAAGCGAUGGCGGAACCAGCGGACGUUGCGAGCGUCACUGUGACGGUUCAGCAGCAGCAGCAGCAGCAGCAGCAGCAGCAGCAGCAGCAGGCCGAGGCAGGAACAGCACGGACCCAGUCCCAGCCGGGAGAAACCGCCGCCGGAGAAGAAGCGACGCCCGGGGCCGCUGUACUGACCCUUCGGCUGCGGCCCAGGCCCAGUGUGACGUGGAGCGCGGACGUGAUAAACAACGAAGGGAUGGGCAAAAAGAGCUCGAAGCGUUGCUGCAUUUUCCACAAGAAGCGGAACUUCGACGAGAGCGACAGCGACGAGAGCGACUCGGACGCGGACGACGAGGAGCGCGAGCGGCGCUGGGCGCAACCCAAGCCCGGCAGGCCAAAGGCGCACCAACUUUACCACGGAUGAAAGAAAAGAGUCCAGCAAGCAGUACUUUGGUGGCUAGUUACAGCUUUCAGGCGCCCCCACUUUAUUACAGGAGCCCAGCAGUAUUUAGUGGCUAGUACAGCUUCGGGCCUACGGCGCACCAACUUUACCAAACGUCCAGCAGGAGCAUAUCGGUGGCUACAGGUUGCACGCAAUGCAGUGACAUCAAUUGCUUUUACCAACGGUCGGUAUGGUAGUCGAUACGGUAGAAGUAGCGGGCCUAGGCUGGUAGUAGGUCAAAUAGGCCAUGAAGGUUUGGGUUCAUUUGUAGUAGCUCCGAGCCGGGCCAGGUGGCGGCGGGGGAGGGGGUCUGCACGCUGAGAGAGCAAGCCACGUGACUAUAUUUACCGCGGGCGGGGUCAUAGUCGAACGGCAGCAGCAGUUCCAGCGGUAGUCAUGUGGGCUCCGGAGACCAAAGGCGUUCAAGACUCUGGACUUUUCCCCUUGCAACGGCGGCGCUCAUGAUGCGUCAUUGAAGACUGAAGCGGCGGCAGCUGAUGAGAUCCUCCACCACUCUAUGCUCUGCUGCUUUGAGUCUGCUGCUGCUGCUGCGGCAACUCGCCGCUACGUUUGGUUCAUUGUAGGCUAAGAUCGGUUUGUAGGUGUAGGCAGUCAGCGGAGUAGAAUAGGUCCCCUGUUUUUCUGCUAGGCUAAGAUCGGUUUGUAGGUGUAGGCAGUCAGCGGAGUAGAAUAGGUCCCCUGUUUUUCUGCCGCAGGUCCGAUCUGCAUGUGAGGAUGCUGCAGAGGCUACAUCGAUGACCGCGCGCAAUGACAGCGUCAGGAGAGCAAGCCCUUCUCUGGCUGUGAGGGCUGCUCCUACCGGGAAAGCAGAAAACCCACCGUCCGUUUUGCCUUCGCGACGUGUGCGAGCGAGGAAUCACCGGGAACAUCAACCUCGCAAGACAUGUUGUUGCUCCUGCUGCUGUUGGUACCGCGUUGGCUCGGCGGUUGUAUGUGCCAUACUCUGUUCACGAAUCGGAGAAUCAAGGAGUUUUAUUUGUUUGACAGUUAUGGUCUGGAUGUGUAGGAGUGCAGGGUCUGUGUGUGCAACCCCGUUUCCGAAGCGCUUUGCUUAUGGAAGAAACUGCUCAGUACAAUGGGGAUUUGAGAAGAAAUGAGAAAACCGAACGCCGGCGGUCGAAGGAAGAAGCUGGGGCACUUUCGAUCUGUCGACCUUGGCGCGUAAAUCACGGGUAGGCACGGAACGUUCCUAAAACAUGUACAUCAUACAUGCAGGGGGGGGGGUGGGUCGAGGCAUGGUCUGAGGGAGAAAGGGUGGUGUGGCUUGUCUUUGUCGUUGUGCGUUGCGCCGGUACUUAGCGAGAAGUAAAGCGAGAGUUGAGCUAGUCGUGGUCAGCUGUGGCGUGCACCGUGUCUGGCACAGGUGGCGAUUUUCGUUGGAGCUACUGUACCCGUGUCGGGAAAAAAUAAUCCGGGUUGGGUGCGCUGUCUGCAUUCCGCGCGGACGGAAAGGUUGAUAGGUACCGGUGCUACUACCAGUUGCUGUGAUGCCGCCACUCCGCCUCGCGUGGGUUUGCUUGAUAUCUGUGGAUAUCGAACACCGACUUGGUAGGUGCAUGCCCAACAGUGUUGCAGCACAGUUACAGACGUAGCGUUGAUGGCGUGUGGCGAUGCGUUGUUUGCUCGUGGCUGCCCUUGCCCCGCCUGGGCACCUACUAUGAAACUAUCUAAAGUGGCUAGAUCACUCGGACUUGUAUACUUUUUAUGUCUCGUAAGUAGGAAGUCUAGACUAGUCUUGGUUUUUCCUUUGCAUGGAGGUUGAUGCGCCGACGUCCGGGGAUGUCGGAAUGAAUUGUUUUAAUGGUUGGUGUUUUACGCGUGUGUCGUUGUGUAGGCACGUGUAUUUUGGCUUUGUUGUGAAUAGAUGGAACACGUUCUUGACAGAAGCUGGCGGGGGGGGGGGGGUAGACCACCACCCAUUCUCAAGUUUUCAGUUUAACGUGCGUGGCAGUGUGCGUUGAUUGCAUCUCUUUGACUUUGGUCACACUUCUCGCACGUGUCUCUAGAGCCCCUUCGCACUUUGGGUCUGUCGUUUCUGUCGUUUCUGUCGUUUCGUCGUUGUCUUUUUGAACGGGUGCAAGCGCGGGGGUGCUGAGGACUCCGCAUUUGUUUAUUGGAAACCGAACGUUCAGCUGCUGUGCAUGGGUUUCAGCUGCCGGGGAAGGGCAAGACAGAGAGGGGAGAGGCGGGACGUUGUGGUAUCGCCCCUCAGUGGCAAAUCUGCUCCAUGGAACAUAUAUGUAAAUCGUUAUUGUAGUCCUUUGCUUGUCGAAAUGCGACAAGGUUUUACGUGAGAGUUGCUCGUCUCCGGCUGCCGUAGAUACCUUGUACAAGAGAAGUUUCACCCCGGGGCUUGGUUCAGAACAUUUCAUUUAUUGAUCCGCACAGGGUUGCGGUUUAAUUCCCCGCAUCGGUCAGAGACACGUUUUCAAAGCUGCAGAGCAGCUUUGGGAUCUCGUUUCGCCAGGGGCACGUUUUCCCGUCACGAGAUGGCAAA